CGGGUGCGAUGUUAAUAGCGGAAAUCACCAGUUCGGAUAGCUAGUAUGGUGCCAAGCUCCUUUUCCGGUUUGUCUUUUACACCGAUCGUAUUCCACGAUGAAAGCGAAGGGAGAGUUGAAAGAAUUCGAGGUGAUUGGGCGCAAGCUCCCAGUCAAUGAAAAAACAACUCCUCUUUAUAAAAUGAGGAUAUUUGCUCCGGAUGCGAUUGUAGCAAAAUCCAGAUUCUGGUACUUCCUACGUCAACUUAAGAAGUUCAAGAAAUCUACAGGAGAAAUAGUUUCCUUGAAACAAAUUACAGAAAAAAAUCCUGCCAAAAUAAAGAAUUUUGGGAUUUGGCUUCGAUACGAUUCGCGUUCUGGGACUCACAACAUGUACAGGGAAUACAGAGACCUUUCUGUCAGUGGUGCUGUAACACAAUGUUACAGAGACAUGGGAGCACGUCACCGAGCACGUGCUCAUUCCAUCCAGAUCAUAAAAGUGGAAAUUGUAAAGGCUGCUAACUGUCGUAGGCCUCAAAUUAAACAAUUUCAUGAUUCAAAGAUUAGGUUUCCCCUACCUAAACGAAUCCAACAUAAAACUCGUAUGCCACUCUUCAGUGUACGCAAGCCACGUACCUAUUUCCUUUAAGCAUUUCCAUUUUCAUCAUGAUGUACAAUUGCCAUUGAUGGCUCCACACAUAUUGAAGGAAAUAAAAUUGCGUAUACAAUA